CAUUAACUUCAACAGAGGCCUCUCUGGUGUCCAACAGCAGUGUUACAUGUCCUGGAGAGGCAGUUCUGUUCACAUGCUCUGUGCCUGGUGAUAUGUCUAGUGUACUGAGAUGGCAAGUCGAUCCUCCAGCAGAGUCUGGGUUAAUGACUAUGCAAAGUACACUCUUCCUUGGUUCUCUAGUCGGUCGAAGGGACACAUUUGGAUUUGGAGUGAUCAUGUUUGAGGCUGUUCUUGUGAGCAGUGACGGAGUAAACCUGACUUCUACUCUCAUCAACCUCAGUGAAGUGUCUGUACUGGAUGGAAGCAUUGUCACCUGUACUUUAAAUGGUCUUACAGUUGUUGAACUACAGCAGACAAUAUUGGUUGCUGGUAAUCCAACCUCUCCACUAAACCCAAGAUUAUCCUCCACUCUAAAUCAACCCAGUUCCUCUAAUAUCUCUCUGGACUGGGAGGCUCCCUCCUCUACUGGUGGUGUGUCUAUCAGGUAUGUCCUCAUUAUCUCCCCAACAUCUCUCUCCGGGUCACCAGUCACUGUGGACACCACCUUAGCACAAAUCACUGUCUCCUACAACGUUAUAUACAAUGUGACUAUCAGAGCUGACAACUGUGCUGGAAUGAAUGAAACUAGAAUUGUGAAUCUGAUUGUGUGCCCCACACCGUCUACUGCUGCUAGUGUGACUAUCAUCAACACACCUCCUGUCACUAUUGGUGGAUCCAUGCUCACCUUCACUUGCAGUGGAGACAAUGAAGUGAGAACCUCAACCUGCGGCAGUAGUGGAUGGUCUCCUGACCCUGGGACCUUUGACUGCAGCAGUCCGAUUACAGAUCCCCCAGUCACCUGUGGCUCUCCUGAUGCACCAUCCAGAGGUAGUGUGGACAUCAGUGGUGGGACACCACCCUUCUCACUGGGUUCAGAGGUAACCUAUCGCUGUGACGAGGGACUGUUCCCCCCUAAUGUGAGGACCAGCACAUGCACUGAUGUGGGAGGUAGGGGAGAGUGGGUGGAGAAUCCUGGGAGCUUGAUGUGCAGGGAGAGACCAGGUGAAAUGUAGUUGAUCAGAACAAAAUUUUCCUGCGAAAAAAUAAUUUUUGUCUGCAUGAUCUGUCUACAAUUGUAUUCAAUGGCAGGUCAUAUAAUAUUGGGUGCUCAUGUUGAGCUGAUGAGAUACAAACAUCUGUCAUGUGCUAUAGUCAUAGUAUAAUCAUAUGAUACAGAUAUUUUCUGACCGUCCAUAUCAUUAUAGUCAACUGCACUGUACCUGUUGAGCCCUGCACAACGGUGCUAUAGUGGACCAUGAGAGGUUGAACAAGACAGUGUUGGAGGGAACAGUGCUGACUUACCAUAUGCAGUGUGACAAUCGACUUUCAUUGACUGGACCCAACACCAUUACUUGCACUAAUGCUGGAGUCUGGAGCACUGAGCCUGAGGCAAUCAUGUGUGUACUUAUGCAUGACUGAAGGUGAUAUACAAUUAUAUAUAGAUGAGCUUUGUAAUUGUUCGCUAUUUAUAUACUACCGGUAUCUCAUCUAACAGUUUCUACUGUCGCUUCCUUGUCCACUUCUGCAACUGUCGCUAUCAGUGUGGUCAUCACUUUCAUUGUCACUCUAGUCAUUGGGUUCCUCACUGGACUGCUGGUGAUGCAUCUUUUCUCUCGUAAGAAAGCAGUGUACUUCCCAGCAACUGAAGGACAAUCUAAUGUACGACCUACUGCACCAAAUGGUCCUGUUUAUGAGGAGGUGUCACCCAAAGAGGAGAUUGAACUCAACACAAACCAAGCAUACGGACCAGUAGGACUGUGAAACUCAUUCACUUUAGUAUUCAACGAGUUAUAAUUAAUUGCUAUCAUUCUGGCAUUUCGUUUGUUUUACAGACUAUCAUGAUAGACGCUAUAGUGUUUUAUCCUUCGUAUAAUUAUUAUAAUUAUAUAUAUAACCUAUACGUAGAGAUUGUCUCAAUAUAAUAAUUUAUUUUGCAUUCCCUAAUACAGGCAGGAGGUCAUUUUUUGCUGUAAAUUGUCAUUAUUAUAACGUGGUGUUUUUGACUUCCUCAA